UGUCUUUUGCAAAGUAAGAAGCAUCUGAAAAACAAAAAUGGUUUGGAGUCGUCCCGACCAACCUCCAAUUCCUACCAUUUACCACACAUUCCGCGCAAAGGACGUAGACAGCGAUCAGCUGGUCACGUACCGGGUGCAGGACUUCACCGAAGAUCGUCACGCCGAUGUCAUUCAACACUACAAGGAAAAUUUUGUAGACGAUGAGCCACUCGCGGCAAGCCGCAAAAUUUCCAGCAGUGCGGUUGCAAUGGCUGAGAUUGUGGCCUUCUGGAGCUGGUGCCUUCAGCAACGGAUGACCGUCGUGUGCUACAAGGAAGGUUCCGACGAGAUCGUCGGUGUAAACUUGCUGCACGUCGCCACCCCUGGGAAGCAUAAGCAGUGGAAGCUCGAGAGUGAAGAUCUGUGGAACACCUUCGAGGCGCACAUCUACGUGGGUCAGCAGUUCAACGUGUUUGAGCGGUUUGGUGUCGACAGAUACCUGACAGCGUACGGAUUGGCUGUGAAUCGUCGGUAUCGGGGUCGAGGAAUCGCUACCGAAUUGCUGAAGGCAAGGAUUCCGAUGUGCAAGGCAUUCGAGAUUGAGCUGACGGCGACGAACUUCACGGCCGUUGGGUCGCAACUAGCGGCUGCAAAAGCCGGGUUCAAAACGGACUUUGAAAUUAUGUAUGACGAUUUCGCCAAGAUGGGACCGAAAUAUGUUUUUCCGGGGAUCCAAACGAAGAGUUUGAAGUUGAUGAGCUUGAAAAUCGAGUAAAAGAUCUUUCGUGCAAUAAAUUUCUUUCAAGUCUUCCA